CAUGGGAGACGGUAGCUCAAGGCCAUGGACCGAGCUCAGCGGCGAGACCAACUGGAAGGACAUGUUGGAUCCUAUCGACGAGGAUCUCCGGAUGUACCUCAUACACUACGGAGAACGAGUCCAAGCCAUCUACGAUGCGUACAACGGCCAGGAGGAGUCUGGAGACGGCUACGGCAUGCCCCUGUACCCGAUGGACAAGCUCUUCUCUGAAGUGGGUCUCGAGACGGACAACAACAAGUUCAGGUACGAGGUGACCCGGUACUUUUAUGUGCGAUCGCAUGUGUUGGUGCAGCCGGACAGGUCUUGGGCCGGGUAUGUUGCGGUGAGCACCGACGAGGGGACCGAGGCGUUAGGGAGAAGGGACAUUUUGGUCACUUGGAGAGGAACGGAGACUCUUCUGGAGAAAGUAGAAGAUAUUCGAGAUGAUUUGGCCCCGGCGACCAACAUUUUCAAGGACGACACCGAUACUAAGAUUCACGCUGGCUUUUUAAAUUUGUAUACGAUGAGUGAUACAAAAAAUCAGUACACAUCGCUUAGUGCCAGAGAGCAGGUUCUAAGGGAGGUCCGGAAGCAAGUCGAUCUCUAUGCCGGUAAAGGCGAGACAAUCAGCAUAACAGUGGCCGGCCACAGCCUGGGCGCGGCUUUGGCAACGAUCAAUGCGCUGGACAUCGUGACCAAUGGCUACAACGCGCCCACCGACCACCCCGAGAAUGCCUGUCUGGUGACCGCAUUCCCCUUCGCCAGCCCCAAGGUCGGGGACGAGAACUUCCAAGCAAAGUUUUCGUCGUCCGAGAAGCUCCGCGCCCUUCGUGUGACCAACGCCCUUGACAUCGUUCCCUUCAUCCCUCCAAUCAGAUAUUACCACGUUGGAGAACAGCUGCUGGUCGACUCGCGCAAGUCCCCGUACUUGAAGCCUCUCUACAGCGGUUUGACUGGCGCCGUGGAAAUUGGGCAUAUGUUGGAGACGUACCUGCAUCUAAUCGCGGGCACACAAGGGAUCGAUAGCAACGAAUUCGAUCUUGGCGAGCGUCGUGGGAUUGCGCUGGUGAACAAGGGAAUGGAUGCUCUAAAGGAUACAUACAAAAUUCCGGCGUAUUGGUUGGUGGCCAAGAACAAGAACAUGGUCCAGGAUGAGGUCACUGGAGACUGGAGCUUGGCUACUCCGUACAUCCCACCUCCACCAGAAGAUAAUUAAAACAAAUAGUCCCAAAUCUAUAUAUAUAUAUAUUACUGUGUGAUUAGCUAUUACCAAUAAGUUGCUGCUUUAUGACUUAGCAGUACCAUAAUAAAGCUUCGUAAUGCAAAAGUGGAGUGGUUUCAUUGAGCUGUAUUGGUGGUACUAAGUUAAGUGUGUUGUACUAGUGGUCCUAAGUUAUGUGUCUCAUCUUUUGUUUACCUUCAUGUCAUGAAAUAAAUA